UACAGUUCAGUUGAAUGAUGGGAGACAGGAUCCUUGACUAUCGCUAUUAUAACACGGAUUUUACAAAAAGUAGCGAAGGACAAGAUCGAAUGUUAGCAUUGCAAAGUGACAAUAUUCUUUUACCGGAAGUGCAUCCAUUAUCAACCGGAAGUGGUAAUAUGUAUGAGGAAACUGGGACGUUGGACGUUGAUCAUCCAUAUUCAAGCAUAUAUGAGAGUACUAACGAUACAAACGCUAAAGAGGAAAAGAAAACGAAAGUUUUACACAUCACAAGAUCUAAAUUAUACAUAACUAUAGCAAUAGUUGUUGUGGUGGUGAUUUUACUGGUUGUUGGAAGUGGAUUACUCGGUUAUUAUGGAUUUCCACGUGAAACAAAAGAAAAUGAACAAGGUCGAGAAUCAGUCGUACUAAAAGGUAAUAACGGCUGUGAAGUAUUUCUAUGCAAAAAUGGCAAGUGUUUAGAAGAUGACGGUGUGUUAAUUUGUUCAUGUUUUCCCGGAUUUGAAGGCGAGCACUGUGAACAGAAUAUUGACGAGUGUACUUCAUCGCCUUGUGGAAACCACGGCUCUUGUAUUGAUGGAAACAACUCAUACACAUGUGUCUGUGAAGCGAACUACGAGGGACCGAAUUGUUUAACAAAAUGGACACUAGUUUUUCGUGGUACAGCGGGUGUUGGCAGUGACAUAUAUCGUGUAUGGGUAGACGGCGAAGAUGUUACUACAAAUGACGUCACUUGUAUGUCGACUAACGUCACAUCCUGCAUUAAACAUUACCGGAAUCCAAUUGUUGGCUCAUGGAAAGCUUUGAGCAUUUCAAAGGUGAAACUUUCCUUUUACAACAACAACACAGAAAUGGCGUAUAUUGUUUUCAACGCUACCGGAAGUGACAUCACAACAUGGUUUGCUUCUGAACGAAUAGAAAAGUCGUCGUGGACAAACAUGGCUUCAGAAAAAUUUCAAUUAUUUUCAAUCUUUGGGAACGACCCCUGGAGGCGUUUCCUAAUCAGCCGCAAUCUUGGAAAGUGUUCCGAUGAUUCUAUGUACACCGCAACAAUUGUACCUCACCACUAUGAUUGUAACUACGACCAGCACAAUACAUAUCCUCAGUUUUUAUAUUCAACAUCAAACGGCUAUGGAUAUCCCGAAACAAUGAAAGGAUUUGCAGCCGCUGACGUAAUGGCGAUAUUCAUACAUUAAUAAGGACUUUUUUUACACCAAACAGAAAGUGUCACAUGUGAAGUAGUUCCAAAAAGUUCUAACAAUGUUAUACUAUAGCAUAACUGCUUUUGUCGAAUGUCAGAAAAAAGAUAUUUUAACAUGACUAGCAAGUACUUGAAGGCUAUGAUUUGACAAAAAAAAAACAUCGGGUUGUCAGAGUUCGGAACAUAGGUGUUAUAAUUCGGAACAUAGAAUUUAUAACUAAAUAUUUCUAAACAAACUUGUAGGGAUUGAAAAAAAUGAACUUGAAAAUCAAAUAUGUUUAUCUGGAAGUCAGAAACAAGAAAAUAAACAUGUUCACCGUGUAUUCAUGAAACAAAUGUGUAUUCUCAAUGUUACUACAGAUGUGUGGUGUACUUGAUAAUAUCAGCCUGACAGUCACAUCAGUUAUUGUAAAAUGAUUCUUGAACGGUUUUGAUAUGUAA